CCAAGUUUGGCCCAACUAGGAAGCCCACCUGACUGUCUGUAUGCGCUAACUUUAUUUAGCAGACACUCGUGUCAUAUUUGGUCGCCACCAUCUCUUCCUCACAGCCACACCUGUGGCAAUUCUUCAUGUCUACGGUAAACCAUCCUACUGUACUUUCCGAGAGCGGGAGCGCUGAUAGUUGGUUGGCCUCUACCUGAAUACCACCUAUAUCAACACAUCAUCUCCCGUGAGUCGUGAGGCAUGCAACAUCAGGCAACACUCUUCUUCAGAGACUUCAACUUCUUUUAAUUAAGCACUCUGGGCCAAUGAAGAGGUAGCCCAAAAAUAUCAACAGAUCAAGACGAUGGACGGCCUUGUGAAAUGGGCCCUAGUGCUCUGGAUUUGGGGAGGAAAUGAGUCUUUGGGGCGAGUUACAGUGACUUGUCGGGAUUUUUGGACCACUACCAGUAAUUUCGCACCUUAUGUGCAUGCCGUGCGGGAUGGAUCGCAACUCAAAGGACCCUGGAUUAAUGCGGAUGCCAAGUUACUCUCACUUAACGUGAUCAAUGGGACGUUGUGGUUGAACUUGGGUGGAUCACUGAACCAGUUUGAACCCGUCAUCGGAACGCCUCCCAGUUCUUCUUCACAAUUCACCUUGAAACAAGUUAUGGAGAAUGCGAUUGAGCAUUGGAGCCCAAGGGGAUUUGUGGUCAACUACUUGCCUUCCAGUUUAUUUGAGUGUGAACAUCUUUCUUCGUAUUCCAAGGAUAUUCCAAUUUGGGUUUCUCAAGAGAGCGGGAUUCAUGGUUGUGGCCUCGGAUUGAACCAUAUGAUGGACAAGCCAUUCGCUCUCGAUUCAUCCAUAAAACGGCUCUUGGAUGAGGAUAUCCUCCUCAAAAAUGAUCGAACUCGAGUGUUGGACAUCCUCAACGACUUCUUCACCACCAAAGUGGCUGAGGCUGAUGUUCGAUACUUGAGAACUAUGUACUCGAGGCAAUCAGAGAGUACUCGACAAUCCUUCACGGAUUUGUUCCUUCAGAAUCUCCUCCAUUUAGUGGAUAAUACGAGAAGUGGACCAAAGGGAAGUCCAUUGGAUCCGUUGGCCUUUUUGCCUGAUCUCCGAGAAACAGGGUCUACCUAUUCUGCCAGUGAUUUCCAAUCCGUCCGAAAAAGUCUUGCCAGUCGACCCAAUGAAUGCCAUUUGGUCUCGUUAAGAGCAGGUAUCCUCGAAACUGGGGAGUCAAUUAGUGCCGUCAAGAAAGUCUUGGAUGAGCAUGAGAAUGUAAUCGUGCUAGCUUUUGCCAAAGCCUACGACAUCACAAACGGCCAAAGUCUGAAACAAAUCCAACAGAUGUUGGGUCAAGAUCGCGUUCUGAUCCAAUCUUCAUCUGAUUUAGAGGCUGACUUUCCCGAGAUUUCUCCAUCCUUGGCUCCAAAUCCUAGGAAAUCGGGAGCACUUCCAACUUGGGUUGGGAGUCAAAAUGCGUUUUUCAUGAUUCUUAUGAUCUAUUUUUCAAUUGGGCAGCUUUAA